AUGAAGGGCUCGUUUCUUCUGACAAAAGCCUGCACCGCCAGCGCCCAAACUGCCGCAUUAGACGCAGCGCUUAUUUUCGGACAUGGCACUUUCCAACAACUGGCACUGCUGUGCACCACGAUUUCCAUCUUCAUCGCAGUAAGCGACAGUCUCGUUACCGUGGUAUUCGCACAGUCCAUCGAACACUGGUGCAGGCCACCGCCGGAGCUAGCUUACAUGCCGACCGACGUCUGGAAGAAUCAGAGCAUCCCCGUGGAACCGGACGGCACGUUCAGCAAAUGCACCCGCUACGAGCCUCCACUGGACGCGGGAAAUGCGACGGAGAACCAAACCGUGGUCUUCUGCGACGAGUGGGACUACGCUCUGGCGACCACGGGGAAGUCCAUCAUCAGCGAGUGGAACCUGGUUUGCCACAGACACCGGCUCCUUUUGCUCCAUUCGCUCGUAUACUUCGGUGGAGCCGUCGCCGGGAGCGUGAUCGGGUACUUCGGGGACAGCUUUGGCCGCAAACCGGUUUUCGUGGUCGCGCUGUUACUGCUAGUCGCCUCUGGCACGGCCAUAAUCGUCUCCAACACGGUGUUCACGUUUAUCAUCUUGCGCUUUCUGACAUCGGCGACAUCUUUGACGGUUUUGAACAUGGCGGCAGUUCUGCUGUUCGAGGUGACGGAGACAACGCAUCGCGUCGUCUUCUGCUCCUUUGCCUCCUCGUGCACAUCCGCGGGGCUGACACUGUUCCAAUUCCUCUUACUGGCGGUAGGUGGACACUGGAGGCUGGCUCAAGCGAUACUUAUGGUGGCGACAAGCUUCCUCCUGUUCGCUUCCUACGCCAUUGAAGAGUCUCCUUGUUGGCUGCUGGCCUUGGGCGACAUCCAAGGUACCGAGCGCGCAGUGCUCUCGGCUGCAAAGGUAAACCGCUACCCCCUAGACGACGUGAAGGCCAAGAUGAAUCACAUCAAGUACGUGAUGUUGCGGAGGGGCAACACGCAAACGAACGUUCAACAAGCGAGCCCCUUAGACCUUGUCCUGAACAGUUCUCUGCGUUUCCGAUCCGUCACCCUUUUUUCGAGUGCAUUCAUGACGCUCCUUCACCUCUACGACACCAAUCUUAACAAAACCUUGGUAGAAAACCGGACGGUGCACAUAACCCUAAUAGUUGCGCGGCUACUUGGUUCGAUAGCUUUCUUGUAUAUCGUGCACUACCUGAGCCGGCGCAAGAUGAUUUGCGUCGCCAUGUUACACAUGUCGGUCGUGCUAGGCUUUCAGACUUGGCUGGAUUGGCAAAAGGACGACAGAAUCCUGCCCAUUGUCACAAUUAUCAUUAAGGUAAUUGUUCUGGAAAUGAUUUCAAUGACGAUAUUUGUGUAUUUGUUGGAGAUAUUCCCCACUGUGCUUCGAGCCACGAGCUUUUCCUUAGGCACCAUGUUCGGUAGGAGCGGAAGCGUGCUAGUGCUCUUGAUCACGGGGCCCAACCCGCCAAUUAAUCGAGCUCUCGCCAUGGCGGUAAGUGCGGUGAUGUUCACUUUGAUCGGUUUAGCUUUUCUUGCUUUACCCGAAACGAGGAAGGUAAUGGUCACCAACACCAUUCGCGAGACAGAACUUGAGGACAUGUGGCAAGUGCCUGCAGAGAAAACUUUACGCGUCCCAGAACUAUUCCUACGCGUCCAGAUGUUUCUAAAAAGUCCUAGAGGCCAUUUCUUUUUAUUAACGCCGCUUUUCAUAAUGUGA